AUGAAUGCGACAAAUGAUGAAUGGGGAUGCACCAUAGAACAGUUUAAUCGAAUGCAUCCUCCCACCUUCGAUGGUCGGGGCGACGCAACCUUAGCAGAAGACUGGAUCCAAGAUAUUCAGGAGAUACUCCACGUUAUAAACUGCACGGAUGAACAGAAGGUUCUAUACUCUGCUUUCAAACUAACAGGAGAAGCAAAAAGAUGGUACACCAGUACACAGCUAUCAUGUUUUGCUGCAUAUUUGAUCCCUGAUGAGGAGAAGAAGGCUCGUAAGUUUGAACAGGGCCUGAAUGAAAAGAUUUACGAACGAAUUGUGGGCUGUCAAAUCUGGAACUUUUCAGAGUUGGUGAAUAAGGCCACAGUAUUUGAGCGGAGCCUUCAAAGAAGUGCAGCACUGCUGGAACAGAGGAAUAGGACUGCGCCACAGGGGUUUCAAUCUGUGAUGGAUCAAAGGCUGUGGAAAAAGAGAAAUGAUGGGAGUAGCUCGGGGCAAAAGCAAAUGCAUGGAAAUCAAUCGAACAGCCUCUGUAAGUUUUGUAAUCGUGCACAUACUGGAGAGUGCAGAAGGCAUGUAGGGGCGUGUUUUCGAUGCGGUAAGACCAGACAUCUUAUCCGGGAAUGCCCUUUGCUACUAACAGACAACAAGAAGACUAACCCACAUCCAGGUCCCCAACAAACGAAUCAAGGUAACAAUCAACGUAGAAUGGGACUGGCCCAAGUGUUCGCACUGAUAGCUGAAGAUGCUGAAGACGAAAACAAUGAGAUCACAGAUACCUCACUCUACUUCUCCUAG